GCUUCCCAGAGUGCCUUGCGGCCGCGAUGGCGGCCCCCAGCCGAGGAGGGGCUCUGCUCCUGCGGACGGCGUUAGGGUGCAGGCAGCUGGGCCCCGACACCGCUAAGGAGUGGCUGGCCCGGCUCCCCACUCUUCGCCGCUGUCAGCGGAGAUGUGUGUCCCGUGGCACGGGUGCCGCUUUCUCCGGUCCCCACCUGCCAUCCGCAUGUCGCCGUUACGGCCAGAGCUCAGCCCUGGACCGCUUCCUUGGAAUUUCUCAACCCGACAGUUCUUUGGCUCCUCGCGUCCUUGCCGUGUCCGCCAACAGAGCUGAGCAGGAUCUCCUCUUGGUUCAUCCCCCUGACAUGCCUGAGAAUCCUCGGGUCCUCCGGGUUGUCCUCCUAGGGGCCCCAAAUGCUGGGAAGUCAACACUCUCCAACCAGCUGCUGGGCCGAAAAGUGUUUCCGGUGUCCAAGAAGGUGCAUACCACUCGCUGCCAAGCCCUGGGAGUCAUCACAGAGAAAGAUACCCAAGUGGUCCUCCUGGACACACCUGGCCUCAUCAGUCCCAUUAAGCAGAAAAGGCACCACCUGGAGCCCUCUUUGCUGGAAGACCCAUGGAAGAGCAUGGAAUCUGCUGAUCUGGUUGUGGUUCUUGUGGAUGUCUCAGACAAGUGGACUCGCAGCCAGCUCAGCCCCCAGCUGCUCCAGUGUUUGACCCAGUUUUCCCAAGUCCCCAGCAUCCUUGUCAUGAACAAGGUAGACUGCCUGAAGCAGAAGUCUGUCCUUCUGGAGCUCACAGCAGCCCUCACCAACGGUGUGGUCAAUGGCAAGAAGCUCCAGAUGAGACAAGCCUUCCGCUCACACUCGGGCACACACCGUCCCAGCCCGGUGAUGAAGAACCCAGCCCCAGAGUCUGAGGGGGGUCCUCAGAAGACUGGCUGGCCCCACUUCCGGGAGAUUUUCAUGCUGUCAGCCCUGAGCCAAGAGGAUGUGAAAACACUGAAGCAGUACCUUCUGUCUCAGGCCCGCCCAGGGCCCUGGGAGUUCCACAGUGGAGUCCUCACGAGCCAGAUGCCUCAAGAGAUCUGUGCCAACAUCAUCCGGGAGAAGCUUCUAGAACACCUGCCCCAAGAAGUGCCCUAUGGUGUGCAGCAGAGGACCAUGCUGUGGGAGGAAGGGCCUGCUGGGGAGCUGGUGAUCCUGCAGAAGCUUCUGGUGCCUAAAGAAUCGCAUGUGAGGCUCCUGAUCGGGGCCAAGGGACAGCUGAUCUCCCAGAUUGCACAGGAGGUGGCCCGGGACCUCACGGACCUCUUUCUCUGCGACGUUCAGCUGCGCCUCUCUGUGAAGCUACUCAAGUGAGCGCCCCCUACUGCCCUCCUGAGGGAUCCCAGCCCAGCCCCUGGCCUAGGAACCAGGAGACUGGGGAGUGCCACGAACUCUGCUGACUCCAGCUGGCCCUGCCUUGCCCAGUCUGCCAGCUCCUGGUGGAGGAAGGAGUGGACCUUAGCUCAGGCCCCAGAGCUCCCCCUUGGGGCUCCGCUGUGCGGGUCUGAGAACUUGGCUCUUUGAUUCCCCUCAAAGCGGGCCACCCUGCUUCCAGCUGGCAAGGGGCCCCAUUUCUCUUGCUCAGUUUCUCCACCUUGAAACCAUGUACGAACGACGAAAGAGUUCCAAGAGAGAUAAUGCCUCCAAGCUGCACCCCAAGCCCUUGCCCUCUUCCUUCCCCUCACUACCCCCAGCCCCAGAGGUGAAUAAAAUGAAAAGACCAACA